AUGUAUCUGCACACACAUCUUCAUAUGGCCGUGUAUGUGGUGCAUGGAUGGUUUGGAACAGGUUUACAUUUACGUACGUGCUUGCACAAGAUGUGCCGCUGGUUGCAGGAUGUCUUUGCAUUUGGCUUUGGUUGCAUCGUCUGCUGGAGUCUGGAGCCAAAUGAACUCGAUCAAAUCCGGGAUGCAAUGAAGCCGUUCCUGGUGCGGCCGCAGGAGCGGAGUGGUUUCGAGGAGGAGACAAUGAAUUUCCUCUUUAAGCGGAAAGACGAGGUGGAGGCAGAUGAUGGCGCAGAUGAUGGUGAUGAGCCAGCGCAGGAGGCAAAAUGCAUCAGCCAAGACAAGAUCAUCUUGGCGUCGCAUAGCCCCUUGAAGGAGAAGCUCGCGCAUUCCUACGCCUUGGCGCAGUCCGUCCGUCUGGGAUGCUUCGAGAUGGUGGUGGAGAAGUCCAUCAGGGAGACCAGGAGCAUCCCUGAAACCUUGGCCGACACGGGAGAAGUCAACAUGGAGGCGCGUGCGCUCGCGAAGCAAAUGGGCGCGCUGCUGAUGUUGAGAUGCGAUGUUAACCUGCACACCGACAUUCUCGACACGCCGGACAUCUUCUGGGAUGAGGAGCGGUUUGAGAAGAUCUAUGUGGCCUGCAGAACGUACUUGGACAUCGACAAGCGAGUCGACAUCCUCAACCAGCGUUUAGUCGUACUCAAGGACUUGUAUGACCUGCUGCAGAACAGCUUGAAUGUGAGCCACGAAACACGGCUCGAAUGGAUUGUCAUAAUAUUGAUCUUGGUCGAGGUUGUGCUGGAAAUCAUCCAGCUCUACUUCACCCCGUCCGGGUAA